AUGUUCAGUUACAUCGACCACCUGGAGUGUACCCAAUGCGGCAAUACGUAUCCCCAUGACCAGAUCAGCAAGAUCAGCGAUUGCUGCGGAAAGGUGCUUUUCGCCCGCUACGACCUGCCUCGCCUACGCCGCGAAGGCAACCGGGAUGUCUUUGCCAGCCGUGACUCCAACAUGUGGCGGUUUUCCGAGUUGAUGCCGGUAACCGAGCACGACCACGUCGUUACCCUGGGCGAGGGUGGCACGCCAUUGUUGGCUGCCACCAACCUGCAGAAGAAGCUCGGGUUGAAGAGCCUGUACAUCAAGGAAGAGGGACUGAACCCCACCGGCACCUUCAAGGCACGCGGCAUAUCCGCCGCCGUUUCCAAGGCCGCCGAACUAGGCAUAACCGGAUUUACCAUGCCAUCGGCCGGCAACGCCGCUGGUGCGGCCGCCGCUUACUGCGCGAGGGCCGCCCGUCCGGUGAAGGUGUUCAUGCCCCAGGAUGCGCCGCCGGCCAACAAGAAGGAAUCGGUGAUGGCCGGUUCCGAGCUUAACCUGGUGGACGGGCUGAUCAGCGACGCCGGCCGCAUCGCGGUGGCGGUGGCCGAGGAGCAGGACCUGUUCGAUCUUUCUACCCUGAAAGAGCCCUACCGCGCCGAGGGCAAAAAGACCAUGGGUCUUGAGAUCGCCAUGCAGCUGGGCUGGAAGAUGCCCGAUGCCAUUAUCUACCCCACCGGCGGCGGCACCGGCAUCAUCGGCAUGUACAAGGGCUUUCAGGAGUUGCUGGAACUGGGCUGGAUAGAGGGCACACCCCCCAAGUUUAUCGCCGUCCAACCCACCGGCUGCCAACCUAUAGUAAAGGCAUUCAACGAUGGCGCUGACACCGCUGAACCCUGGGCCAACGCGACAACCGUCGCCGAUGGGCUGAGGGUUCCCGGCCCCUUUGCCGACUACCUGAUACUCAAAGCGAUUCGGGAGACGGGCGGCACCGCCUUGGCCAUUGAAGACCAGGACAUGGUGGACGCCAUGUACGAAAUCGCCACCGAAGAGGGAAUCAUCGCCUGCCCGGAGGGUGCAGCUACCCUCGUAGGCCUCAAGAAAUUGCUGGAGCAGGGUUUCCUUGGCGCCGACGAGACCAUCGUCCUGCUGAACACGGGUUCCGGCUACAAGUACCUCGAUUUAAUUCGGACAGUAAUGCCUAGUUCAAUGCAGACCUGA